AUGUCGUUCCCAAAGGCUCCCAUCAAGCGCUUCAACGAAGCACCGACUCGUGCCCCACCACCAGGCUCUUACGAUGUCAAGUCUUCAGACAUGUCAAAAGGACCCGUGUCUUUUGAUAAGUCCCAGCGGUUUACAAAACAGAUGGGGGAUGGAGGAACUCGGCAGAAUCCCAGCAGUAUGAAACCUCCACCCUCCCCAGCAUCUGCAAGAAGAAUGCAGUCUCUUGGUUCCAAGCUGACCGGCUCAGGGGUAAAGCCAGAAAAAGAUUUGGCCCUCAUGAAAAACUUGAGAAAACAGAAGGAACUGGAAAAAGAGAUCCGCGUGCUAGUUGGAGAACGUGGCCAGCAGGAUAAAAAACUACAAACCCUGGAGGAAGAUUUUGCAAAGUUGGAAUCGAAGCUGUCUGCUGCCAUUAGGGAGAAAACCUCUCUCUUGGCAACUGUUGCUUCUCUGGAAAAACAGCUUCUGGAAUUGACCAGGACCAACGAAUUGUUAAAAACAAAGUUCUCUGAAGAUGGAACACAGAAGAAAAUGAACAAUUUGUGCAUGGAGUUAAUGAAGCUCAGGAAUCUCACGCAUGUAAAGAAGGCAGCUCUCUCUAAGCAACAAGAUAUGGAGAUGAAACUGCAGACUGUCCAAAGAACCUUAGAACAUUCAAAGGAAAAAGUAGCACAACUGGAAGAACAGCUGAUAGCAACUGAGAUACAUGCUGAAGAGAGAUGUGAUUCCGAUAAUCUGUUGGAAUAUGUUGUAGAACUAAGCAAUGCUGCAGAGCUAGUGGAUAAAUACAGGCUGGACAUUGCCCAUUUAGAGGAAAUAAUAGAAACAAAGAAUAAGGAAAUUGACACACUGCAGACUUCUCUUCAACUUACAGAAACUAUGCGGUCUACACAAAUUAAAGAGCUGCAUGCAAAAUGCAAGAUGUUUGAAGAGCAAAAAGAGGAACUUUUAAUUGAACAUAGAGAAAAGCAGCAAAGCAUGAAUACUGAAAUUCAGCGCUUGAAAGAAGAAUUGAAUUUAGCACAAGAGGAAUGCCAGGAGCAAAAAGGAGUCUAUAAGGAGCGUUCUGCUACAAUGCAUCAGAAGUUGCUUGAGUUCCAAGAAGAGGUGAGUAAAGAGAAGCAAAUUCUAGAGAGAGAACUAAGAGAAACGGUGGAUGAGCUGGAUAAACUGCACACUAAAGAAGGCAAAGUUGAGAAGAUGUUGAAGCGCCUGGAACAAGAGAAUAAGGCUCAGACUGAGGAGCUAAUACAGCUGCAAGCAAAACUGCAAGGGAAAAACGCAGAGUUGGAGAAGAUGACUGAGGCACACACAAAUGCUAUUGUACAGAUGAAAGAAGAGCACAGCAACACGCUGUGCAAACUUGGAGAGACCAUCGCUGAAUUUGAAACUUACAAAGCUUGUGUGUCUGAAGAAAUGACAUGCCUCAGACAGGUGAAAACUUCUCUGCAGGACCAGUUAGCUGAAAUGGACAAAACAGCUCAGCACACAACCCAAGUGAUGCAAGAGGUACAGCGUGUUAAAGAAAAGGCAAAGGAAGAAUAUGCAAGGAUGCUGCUGGAUGCCCAGACCAAAUUAGCAUUAAAGGAAGCAGAAGUCAAAAGAAUCAAAGAAUCAAGCAUUGCUCACAUUGCCAACUUAGAAGCAAGACUAGAAGAUCAAAAUGAAGACUUCAAGAAGCAACUAGAACUGGAAAGGAAAACUAUAGCAGAAAAAGCAGAAGCUGAUUACAAAGAGAACAUAAAAACCUGGCGUAUGCUAUAUGAAGAAUUGUAUAAUAAAGUGAAACCAUUUCAGCAACAACUUGAUGCAUAUGAGGCAGAGAAGAAUGCACUAGUGAAUGAGCAUGGUGCUGCCCAAGAAGAGCUGAACAAACUUAGUGAUGCGUAUGCUAAGCUUCUGGGCCAUCAAAAUCAGAAGCAGAAAAUCAAGCAUGUAAUGAAACUGAAAGAAGAAAAUGCACAAAUGAGACAGGAGGUAUCAAAACUGCGUACUCAGCUAGCAAAGGAAAAACAAAUGCGAGGAGACCUCCAGGAACAACUGAAUGGGAUUGAGGGCAUCAAGCGAUUUGAUCCUUCUAAAGCUUUUGAGCAUUCCACUAAGGAAAAUGUUGAUCCCAAAACACCUUUCAAAGAAAGUAAUAGAAACAAAAACUAAGGUGCUCUGUGCUGAGCUGAAC